AUGGCCACCCGAGAUCCCACCAAAAUCUUGGGUCACGAUAGCCGCGGCGGUGAACUGACACGCAAGACCUUGGGGUGUAUUCUACCACAAGAGAACGAGCAUUUGGUCAAAUACGCUGCGGAUCCCAACGCAAAGAGAGAACCAGCUGGUUGGAUGAACGAUGCGGGAGUCGAUGGCUUUAUUAGUGCCAUCGUCGACCGCAGACGCGAACAGGAUGGCUAUGUCAAAGGCCAAGGAGUACCGGCUUUUGCGAAUUUCAGCUGCCAAUGGUUUUCCAACGUCCGAAAGAAUGGCAUCAAAUCGAUUGCCAGAUGGGGCAGGCGACAGCAGAUCAGCGACAAGAAGCUGCUGCAGUGCGAGAAGAUAUUUUUUCCGGUCAAUACUGGCGCCCAUUGGGUACUUUUGGUUCUAUCUCCCAAGGAGAGGACCAUGGAGUUUCUGGAUAGCGCUGGUGGAAGUGGCCGAACGUUUUUCAAGUUGGCACGUGAGUGGCUGGAUAUGGAGCUGGGCAUGUGUUAUGUGGCCGAGGAGUGGACGGAGCUGAGCUCCAAGAGUGAGACGCAGCAAAACUUGGACGAUUGCGGUGUUUUUACAUGCAUCAACGCGCUGGCUAGCGCAAAGGGGGCGGAUUAUUCUGCUGUUCCAGGAAAGGACAUGAAGCCGGCGAGAGAGUUCAUCGCAUCGGUGCUUCUAAAUGGUGGUUUCUCCGAG